ACUGCAGAGCUAUCUUGGCUCUAUCUUCUAUAAAGCAGCUAGUGUUCCCAAGCCUGUUGAAUGUUGAUAUUAGAAUAUAAAAUGGACCUAAAGAGCUCUUAUCUACUUAUUGCCUUCCUCUCUAUCCAGUUUACCAUUGCUGCAGCUGUAUCUAUCCCGCCUCUACCAACUGAAGGGAUACAGUUAUACCUCUCUUCAGAUAACAGUGUCCUACCAGAUUACAGUCUUCUUCAAGAAUCUCAACUUCCCCUCAGUCAGGGGCUUCAGGGGCUUUGGUGUCAAACCAGCAACAGUUCUCAGAGCAUUAACUGGUACCUACCAAAUGGGACUCUUGUCCCAGCGACCAAUGGCACCGGUCUACCAGUGUACUCCUACAGUGCUCCUGGUCAGUCGGGUCUCCUUCGUACUGAUCUAAUAGGGUCCUAUCAAGGACUGUACAGCUGUGUUAUCAGUAAUGGAGGGAACAAUGACAGCUCAACAUUAGUGGCAGCUGUUGUAAGGGACACGGAAUAUAACAGUGCUGUUGGUCCCAUUGUCACUGGUGAUCUUCAUUUCUCUCUUUUAUCGUCAGUUGACUCACCACAAGUUUCCUUUUCUCUCUCCUUUAAUGUUACCAGGCGUCCACCGACCAAUGUCACCUGUAGCCUCAACGGCACUGUCAUACCAGUCAACGGUAGUGAUAUACACCGGAGGGCAAUAGGGUCAACAUUGGAUAACAUACUGAUUGAAGUGAUGGUGAUAAUAAGGAUCAGACAGGCUGGCCUGUAUAGCUGUACUGUCUCUAAUUCAAGAGUUGAUAAUGUACACGUGUACCCAGGAGCUGGCAAUGGGAGGUUCAUAUCAGUUACUGAUCCUCCAUCCAAUGUACUUGUUAACAGAACAGGAUUGACCAGUUUUAACGUCAGCUGGACCCCUCCCCCCUUUCUCUCCGCCCCACUGGCAGGAUAUCAAAUAUUCCAUCUUCCCAUUUCUGGUGCCAAUGUGAUGAGUGGAGUAAAUAUUGUCAAUAAUGAGAGUCAAACAGUAGCCAUUGAUGAUCUAAUAUUUAAUGUUACAUAUCAGAUAUUUGUAGUAUCAGUUGGAGGGGAUAUACCCAGUGAGCAAUCCAAUGCAAUACUUGCAUCAACAGGCGUUACAUUCAGCAUUACUUCACAUCCUCCUCUCAUUCCAUACAUUGGUGACACUGAUAUUACAUUAACAUGUACAGUUGCUCUUGAUGUACCGAUGAUAGUGUUUCAGUUGGUAUGGUUGGGUCCUAAUGAUACUGUGAUUCAUACUAACAGCGUUAACAUGAAUCAGUCUGGGCCUGAUGUCAGUAUACAGAGUAUUGAUCUCAGUCUUGAUCUCAUUGAUCCAGCUACCAUUGGAAUGUAUAGAUGCAUGGCUAAUUUCAGUAAUGAUAAUGUCACAGCAAGUACAGACUAUGAACUAAUUGGACAAGCUCCUGAUAUUAAUGUCACUGUGUCCAUAGUGUAUGGAGACCAGUCUUUAAUAGAGGGUACUUAUACUGACCUGCUGUGUACAGUCAGUAAUAUUCAAGGAUUAGCAUCACUCACUAUUGUGUCAUGGUAUUACAAUGGAACUGAGAUUAGCAAUGGAACUGAUUAUACUCUCAGUCAAGAGAGGAGGGAACUCCUUAGGAUAAACCAGCUGUCAGUAUCCAGGGAUAAUGAAGGAGUAUACUCGUGUGUAGUGAGUGUGGAUACUCGGUAUCUUAUUGGAGGAGUGGGCAAUGACUCUGUGGCCUUAGCUGUUCAAAGUUUCUCGUCUAAUGAUAUAAAUAUAUUCAUAUCAUUUUCAAAGCCCAGUCUAUUUCUUGGUGAUUCAUUUAUUCUACAGUGUUCAUUAACAGUACCUGAUAGAUAUAUCUACCAACCAACAUUAUUUGAAGCUAGAUUCUUGUCAUUUGAACUGCCUCUUACUACUCCUUACUUGUCUGGUGUUAGUGAAGAGGCCAUUGUUAGAAAUGGAAGCACUUAUAUACGAAGUUAUAACUUUACAUCAGUCACUGAUAGUCAUAUAUAUGAGUAUUUAUGUAAAGUUGGGUUUGCCAAUGGUGUUACUAAGAAAACAGAUCUUAAACAGUUGAGGGCACAACUCACUCCUCCUUUACUCAGUUUCAACGAUGACAUCAUCCAGGUCUAUGAGAGUACUCCAUUGAUUAUCACUUGUAACAUUAUCCUCCCGUCAGUAAUCAUGGAGCUACACGAGGAAGGAUCAUGGACUGGACCAGAUGGUCAACCAGUCCAGAUCACAUUCAAUGGUAGAAUAACAGCUUCAGGGAUUAACAGACACAAUAAGAAUGUCCUUAGGAUCAGUCCGGCUGAUAAUGGAGACCAGAGUAUCUUCAAUGAUACUGGGUUCUACACCUACACCUCCAAUAUCUGGAUUAACGAUGAUAAUAUAAUACCAGCUACUAGCAAUGCUACAGUCCUUGUUAGGAUUAUAGACCUGCCUCCAUUACAAGUUGAUAUUAAUGUUACGGGUAGGAGUAUCUUUGGUCAAAAUGUUACUUUAGUCUGCAGUGUGGAGCCAAUCACUAACCUUGAGGUAUCAAUAAUUUGGAGAAGAAAUGGAACACUGCUGCCAGCUGUUACUGGAGCUGAUUCCUCGAUCCUAUCAUUGAGAUCCAUUGACAAUAGUUAUAAUGGAGUCUAUACUUGUACUGUAGGGUAUAACGUUACAACCACUGGUGAUAAUAGCAGGGUUGAUGAAGAAUAUGAACUCAUCGUGCAAGAUUUAGGAUCUCCUCACAAUUUCCGCUCAUCAUCAGUGACACCAUCCACCAUUGUACUCUCCUGGGACCAGCCCUCCCUCGCGACCUUUGGACAGUUUGAAAGAUACGAACUGGUCAUAUCUUUUACCAAUGGAACCAACGAGACCACAGUCAAGAUAGACCCAGUGUAUAAUACAUAUCAAUUGGAUGGACUGUCUCCUCAUCAACUAGUAGUGUUUACAAUAUCAGUUCUUUAUCCUGAUGGAUAUGGACCACUUGUAUCACUGAAUGUGACUACACUACAAGAUGAGUCCAGUCCAGUGCGUAACCUAUCCAUUGACUAUCAGUCUUUAUUGAUAACCUGGGCCCCUCCCCUAACACCCAAUGGUGUGAUAGAGCACUAUAGACUAGUACUGACUGAGUAUAAGGAGCCACUGGUUGCUAAUGUCACUGUUGCUGAUACUACAGUAUACAACAUUAGCAGUUUAGCUCCUGGUGUUCCUUAUGAAGUGACUCUAUGGCCAGUUAAUGGAGCUGGUCCUGGUCCUAGUGAAUACCUGCUGUUCUUUAUAGAGGAGACUGCCCCUCUACCAGUGUCCAAUGUAACCCAAACACGUAUCAACGGUACCCAUGCUAUGGUACACUGGUCGCCAUUGUCCUUAAGAGAAGCCAGAGGUUUCAUACGCAGCUACACUGUGGAGUAUGAACCAGUGGCUGACCAGAGAAGACUAAAGAGAAGAGUCUCAUCAGUGACUGUUGCCUCAGGUGUGAGCAGUAUAUUACUCAAUGACUUGAUACCUGGCAGUUCUUAUGGGAUAAGAGUAGGAGCUACUAAUAAUGGAGGAACUGGUGGUAACAGUGAACCAACCAUUAGUGAUAGACCCCCUACUUCUAAAUUUCAAUUACAAAUCAGACCCAUUGAGUCCUGCAACGAUGAUAAAGACACAUUGGUUGAUGUACUACAGUCAGUAUUAGUGGAUACAAUAUCCUCUAACUGCAGCUGCUCAUUUCAAGAGGAGUACAUCAGUGGAGAGUCCCUUACCUGCAGUAACUCCAGUGCUUAUUAUAGAGCUAACAUUACAUCAUUCGGUUCUAUAAAUAGCACAGUAUUAAUAGACUACAUAUCACAAUGGAUAUCAACUGGACCUAACAUUAGCUCCUCAAUAAUGAUAGACCCAUCCUGCCCCACAGUGUACCUCAGUAAUGAUGAUCCUUUCUGUGCAGUGGAGGUCUCACCUAGUCCUAGUGUAACUGAUCCACCUGCUGAAGAAGCUAAUGGUAGUCUAUUAGUAACAGUGGUAGUGGUCAUUGUAGUGAUUGUAGUUGUACUGGUGAUAUUGAUACUAAUUACUGGAGGCAUAGUGUACUGUCUUUAUAAAAGAAACAAACCAAAACCAAAAGAUCAGUUAGAAAGACACCCACUGGCCAUCAGUUACUACAAGAAUGACUUCAAAGCAUCAGACAUGAUACCAGAGGAAGAGGAGGAUGGGAUCUACGAGCCACUGGACCCUGAGGGGAACCUAAAGGUAUCACGAAACAAGAGCCUCACGACAACCCUCCCCCUACCCCCGGUACCUGAGGGAGGAGGGGAGAGACCAGUGCAUAGGAAUGAAAGGAGCCAGUCGAUGAUAGUCUCUGGAUCAGGAUCAACACCAACAAGACUAUUACCCCUCCCUCCCACUCCUCCAUCACUGAAUGAAGUACACAGUAACAAUGCAACCACACCCACACAAUCCAAUGGAUCCCAACCACUGCCCAUCAGUGAGUCUCUUCCUACCAGACUCUCAGGACCAAAGACUGGGGCUUUCAGUCCCGGACUGGGUUCCUUAAAUGAAGAAACUGCUCCCGGGGAUGUUAAUAAAGUAAUUGCUGGAGGUACUAAACCAAAAGGAUUCACGACGACACCAUCAGCUGCUUCAGUCCAAUCUAUUGGCAGUAAAAGAGCAAGCAAUCUGACCAUUGCAUCUCAUUCAAUGUCAGACCGCGGUCCAUUGUCACCAGCGACCAGUGGAUCACCUGUUCUAUCACCAUCAAGCGUCCUCUCCCCUCAAUAUGAAACACUAAUGUCUCCAUUGUAUGCCAACGCUGAUGCUAAGGCAGUGGCUAAGAGGACAGUGUCUUCAGAAGGAGAAGAUGAAGAGAAGUACAUUAUAAUGAAAGGGACUGGGUAUGCUGACCCAGUUGAACUCACAAAGACUGAUCCCGCCCCCACGAGUCCUCAAGAGUAUGAGACCCCAGUGUCUUCAAGAGGAGGGACACCGGUACCGACCAGUAGACCAGGGUCUAAGGCAGCAGUGGCUCUCAGUAAGAGUUUAAGUCCAAGAGAUCGUGUGUCCAGCUGCAACUCAGUAUCUUCAAGAGAGGAAGGAGCUCCUUUUAAUAUUGAUGAAUCUGAUAUUUAUUCAAAGCCGGUGGUUCCCAACAUAUACAGUGAUGAUAUUGAUGAUGAUGCUACCGAUGCUACAGGGCAUGAGUAUGCAAUACCUGUUGCUUCACCAAAACCUCCUACCUCUCCCGUCCCUAUUGUAGGCAGUGAUUGGUUGUAUGCUGAACCUAACAGUCCAUCAUCCACUGGCUCAGUACCUCAAGAUUAUGAAGUACCAAUAGUUACUAAGCAAAUACCAGCCUCACCUCUUCAUAUCGUAGCUCAGGAAUAUCAAGUGCCAGUAGUAUCUAGUAAUGAAGUGAGUCCUCAGACAUCACUGGAUCAUCAGUCUCCAUCGGUUGAUUCAAAACCAGCCAAUGAAGAACAGUCUCACGUCCUUCAUCAAGAGUAUGAUAUUCCAGUUGUACCUAGUCGUGAUGAUGAUGAUCCCAAGACAAUAGCAAAGAGUGACUCUACAGUAAUGGACAGUUCAUCAGUGAAUGAUAAAGAACUAGGCCAGGGGGAGGUUACUGCUGUCAUCAAAGACACUGAAACAGGAUCAAAUGAGAGGGAGACAGAGGAGGUUCAGCUGUACAUUGAAGAGAAAUACGAGGAGGAGGAGGAGGAGGAGGAGGAAGAAACUGAUGAUAAGGAAAAUGAAAUGAAGAGAGAGAAGGAGGAGAAUGGUGGCCUUGGUCUGGUUGAAAAGGAUGAAGGAGGUUUAGGGACAAUGACUGACAAUAAAGACUUGAAUCAAGAAAAAGGAAAAGAUGAUAACAAUGGAAUGAUCAAUGGUGAAAUUGGAACAAAUUUAUAAAAAAUAAUAAUAAUAAUCACAUUUAUGACUUUUAUAUGUUGUCACAGAAAAAAUUAAUAAAAUAAUAAUUAUUACAAUUAAUUGUAUGUUCUGCCUUUUUAAAUGACAUAUUAUUAUUGUUAUUAUUAUUACUAGA